AAUGGUCACUUAUUGAAACACCAGAUGAUAAUACAAAUUUAUUUUCAGUGCUUAGUACUUCAAUUUUAGCUGUAUAUUUUAUGCUAACAGAUAUUACAAAGUUUCAGUUAAUGAGCUUAAAAAAAUAUAUAAAAGACGUUGAAGAUAAAAAAAGUUUACCCCCAGAAAUCCUGAAAAUUGCUGAAGUUGAAGAUUCUAAAAAGGAAUUGGAAGAAAAAAUUGAAGUACUAAGCACUGAAAAUAAAUUUGUAUUAUCAUCUGGUGUUUCAAUAA